AUGCUCCAGAUAGCCCGGGGAAUGGAGUAUCUGCACUCGAAGAAAAUCUACCAUGGGGAUCUGAACCCGUUCAAUGUUCUAAUCAAAGCCCGGAACACGGGGCCUGACGUGUACUUGCUAGCCAAGGUCUCUGGCUUCGGGCUCUCAUCGUCCGUGACCCAGAAGAACCCCACCAAUGGAGCACCACCACACUUCAUUUGGUACGCUCCUGAGGUGUUGGCCGAGCAUGAUCAGAAAUAUGAAAAUGGGACGACGAGCGCGAAAUACAGUGAAAAAGCGGAUGUGUACAACUUUGGGAUGAUAUGCUUCGAGCUGGUGAAGGGCAAAGUACCGUUCGAGGACACGCACUUGCAGGGGGACAAGACGGCGCGGAACAUAAGGGCAGGAGAACGGCCUCUGUUCCCAUUCCACUCUCCCAAGUGUGUAACAAACCUGACCAAGAGAUGCUGGCAGGCGGACCCUGCUGGACGGCCGAGCUUUGCAUUGGUGUGCCGGGUGCUGCGGUACACGAAGCGGUUCCUGGCAAUGAACCCGGAGCACGGGCAGGGGGAUGGAGGUGUGGAUUUGAGUACUGAGGUGGAGGGGAGGGGAUUGUGUUACGGUAAUGGCGGGGUGAUGUGGGUGCCGUACGAAAUGUUUGCAUACAGGGUGGGGGAGAGGGAGAAGGCAAGAGAGAGGGAGACUUCAGAGUCGGGGAGCGAUGGGGGAGAUGAAAGGGCAGACGAUCACUUCAUGUCACCCACCAGCAGGAUGUCGCCCGAGACCACGCUCAGGAAGCUGUCCCUCUCUUCCAGAAAGUCGUUGGAGAUCAAGCAACCAGGUACGCCUAAGGGGCGGUCAUCAUCGGUAAGACCACCGCACACUCCGGGCGGGCGGGGCAUGAGAAUGAGCUCGGAAAAGGAUCUGUUGAGUUUGAGCGUCAGCCCCAAGACGCGAAGGAGAUCGGGCCCUGCUUCCGAUUCCGAAUUGCCUUAG